GGGGCCACCCUACCGGUUCUAUUGUUUACGAUCCAAGAGCGUCGGCUUACUUUUUACUUAAGAACUGAUUUAUAAGAGGAAAUAUCACUUCCCGCCAUUAUAUAGAAGACCCGUCAGUUAAGAUGGUUGUACUUGACAACCCCAGACGAUAUUUCCACGUCUUGACGUGGCAAGCUCCGAGCCUGGCCAUAAAAAGUCGCGCAGCUAAAUUUCGCGUGUUUGUAGUUCCCGGGGAAACAGUGUUAAAUGCGCCUCCUUUGGAGGAGCGAAUCCACGCCACCCCCUUGUGACAGGUAACGAUGACACUUUUGGUACAUAAAACGUUUCGGUAUUCAACAGAGAGCACGAAGGAUAGAGAGUCAAAAAGCAACGUGAGUUCAAAUAAAUUUUCCGGGCCAUAAAACAGUGCUGUUGAUUGCCAGUGGAGACAUGAUAACCAAAAUGUCCACCAUAGUGUCCGGUAGGGUACGAUCCCGGAGCCGGCCCUCACAGCUUUGGGAGAUUCGGACGCGUACUCGUGUGUUUAGCUUGGCGACCCUAUAUGAAGUAUGGAUUCUGAUAAAAUCUUGUAGGAGAUAUACCUGCUGUGC